UAGGCAGUAAAUUCUGGCGGCUAGAGACCUCUUGUUUCUGUGGCAGUGCAAUUUAAUUUUCCAGCAAUUUGUAUGCACACUAGAACUGAAUUUUAAAUACAGAGAUAUGGUUAAUAGGUGCUGAUUUUUUUAGGUCCUUACUCUGUUUUCCAGAGUUGUUCUGACAUUCCUACUGAAAGGAAAGAAACAAGUGCAAAUGAAAGGUUGAGGGGGGAGUACAAAAUGAUGAAUGUAGAAGCUUUCCCCAUGGCUUAGGGCUUGUUCCUGAAAAACAGUGCUUGAUGCUUAUAUUGAAUAGUACAAUGUUUAGAGCUGGAAGAAAGCAACUUUGGAAACGGAGCAUUGGCAGAGUGAUAAAGCAAAAGCUCAAGGAAGAGAGGGAGGCUAAACGUGCUCGUCUGGAUGGCAGGCAUGAUUACUUACUGGAUAUUGUUGCCUCUUGUGUGAAUCUGGACAAAGCAGAAGUAGAAGAUGCUAUUCUUGAUGGUAACCAGAUAGAGCGUAUUAACAGAUUCCUGGCCCCUGGAGGUCUGCGUCAUCUGAUGUUCUACUAUCAAGACGUGGAGGUAAUGGAUACAGAGUACUUCAGCCUUCCAGGAAUGGGAGUGAACUCUCAUUUGACCAAGAAGAAGAAACUUCAAGUAUUUGUGACAGAGGGAAAAGAAGUUGCUUUAACUGGUGUAUGCAUUUUCUUCAUUAGAACUAGUUUUUCUAAACCUGUCACAACUGAGAAUAUCUAUCAAGAAGUAAAUUUUAAUAUGAUGGAUAUAGGUCGAGAUGGCUUACUAAAAAGCAUUGAGCAGUUGAUAUCAGAAAUAUACAUUCCAGCUUUACAGACUAUGGAUUGUGGCUGGGUUGAACCUCAACAAGUUCCCAAUAUUAAGCAGGAUUUCCUUCGUGCCCUUGAAGCAUUUAUGGGUGUCCUAUCAGGAACUCAGCAAAGUCUGUUGGAAAAGGUCAGCCUGAAGAAAUGUGAAACAUAUGACCUGAAAACUCUGAGAGGACCUUCAGAUUACUUGAUGGUUGCUAACAGCUUAGAGGCUCUUGAAAAAAUAGAAGUUUGCAUGAAAGAGUGGACCAAACAAAUCGAACAGGUUCUUGCAGAAAAUGACCAGUUGAGAAAAGAAGCAGAUGACCUUGGACCACGAGCAGAGCUUGAUUACUGGAAAAAGAAAUUGUCAAAAUUCAACUACCUUAUGGAGCAGCUGAAGAGCCCAGAUGUGAAGGCAGUGCUUGGAGUACUCACUGCUGCUAAAUCCAAACUGCUGAAGAAGUGGCGAGCACUGGAUAUUCGCAUCACAGACGCAGCAAAUGAAGCUAAAGAUAAUGUGAAGUAUCUUUAUUCUCUGGAAAAAUAUUAUGACCCAUUAUACAAUAGUGAUCCUGUGUCCAUGCUGGAUGCUAUUCCAGGACUCCUAAAUGCAAUUAAAAUGAUUCAGAGUAUCUCUCAGUAUUACAACACUUCUGAAAAGAUCUCCUCACUGUUUGUGAAGGUGACCAAUCAGAUGAUCUCAGCGUGUAAAUCUUACAUUGCAAACAAUGACAAAGCCACUAUCUGGAAUCAACCACAGGAGAGAGUUGAGGAAAAGCUACAAGCAGCUAUUAGACUUAAACAGGAGUAUCAAAAUUGCUUCCACAAGAUAAAAGAGAAUUUGGAACAAAAUCCAGCAGAAAGACAAUUUGAUUUUAGUGAGAUGUAUAUAUUUGGAAAAUUUGAAGCCUUUCAUCGUCGUCUGGUAAAGAUAAUAGAUGUUUUCAAUACAAUGAGAACCUACGCAGUUCUACAGGAAUCUAAGAUAGAGGGAUUGGAAGAAAUGAUCACAAAAUAUCAGAGCAUUGUUGACAACAUGAAGAAUAAGCAUUAUGAUUUCUUGGAUCAGCGGAAGACUGAUUUUGACCAAGACUAUGAAGAGUUUUGCAGAGACAUUAAUGAUCUUCAUGAUCAACUAAGGAGUUUCAUGGACAUCACUUUUGAAAGUAUUCUGAACACUGAAAGGGCCCUGAGUAUGCUGCAGAAAUUUGAAAGAUUGCAAAUCCCAAAUCUUGGCAUUGAUGAAAAGUAUCAGAAAAUAUUUCAAAACUAUGGCCAUGACAUAGAAGCCAUCUGCAAGAUCUACACUAGGCACAAGAAGGACCCUCCACUUGCUCGUAAUCUGCCUCCAAUAGCUGGCAAGAUCUUGUGGGCACGCCACCUAUUCCAUAGGAUCAAGGAGCCCAUGGAGACUUUCCAGAAACACCCAGCAGUUCUGCAAACACCAGAUGGCAAGAGCAUAAUCCGCAAUUACAACAAAGUAGCAAAAGUUCUUAUGAAGUUUGAGGUGAUCUACCACAGGCAAUGGCUCCAGGAGAUUGAAUUAACUAAAAGAGGACUUCAAGCAACUCUCUUGGUAAAAGCUCCAGAAACAGGAGAAUUAUUUGUGAAUUUUGACCCUCAAAUAUUAACUCUAAUCAGAGAAACAGAUUGCAUGGCUCAUAUGUGCCUUGAAAUUCCACCAUUUGCAAGGGUUAUUCAAGAGCAGAGAGACUGGUACAAGAAGAUUGUCAACAAUUUGCACGUGAUGUUGGCAGAAUACAAAAGAAUUAAACUGAAAAUACAACACCCUUUUGAACAACUGAUGGCUCCUCGAUUAGUAAAUGUAGAGGAUGCUAUCCAGCCAGGUCUAAUGUUACUGAACUGGACGUCCUUGAAUAUUGAGAAAUAUAUUAAUACAGUUUUUUCAAAGCUAGCUGAGCUGGAGUUAUUGCUUAAUCAAGUGAAUGACUUGGUUGAAUUUCGUAUUGAUGCUGUCCUUCAAGACAUGAAUAGAGUGCCACUCUGUAUGUUGCCAGAAGAUGAACCACAGAGCUGUGAGGAGUUUCUUCAGAAGACUAGGGAGCUCUGUGUGAAAGGUUCUCAGACUUUACACUUAAAAAGCUCACUGGUGGAAGCCUCUGCUAAUGAUCUGAUUAACAUGUUACUUAACACUGAGGAACAGGUCAGUAAAGAAAAUGAGAAGUCAAUCAUACCCAGUGGUGAAAAAAGGGACAAAAAUACAGAAGAAGAAAGAAGAUCAAAAAGCUUGACUUCCUCACAAAAUUCAAGUGAGAUGUGGGCUGGCUUGUCUCCUACAGCAAAGAGGAGAAGAAUGGACUUAGAAAAGUUAGAGGAAGAAGCCAAUGAGCUGCUUUGUUACUUCAAUAAUCGUAACAUUGAUGCCCUUUUGAAAGUAACUCGAAACACUCUGGAGACCAUCCGCAAGCGCAUUCAUGCAUCUUCCACCAUCAACUUCUUAGAAAAUCCCAGUAUGUCUAAGCAGAAAAAAGGUGCUCAUCCUAUAAUUAGGGCUAAUAUUAAUUUAUGUAUCCCUAAUAUCAUCAUGACACCCUCUUUGGAUGAGGUACAGCAGACACUUAACAAAGCUGUAGAUUGUAUUGUGAAAGUAAUGAAAGGAGUCCGACAGUGGAGUAAGGAGAGAAUAUCCAAGAGGAAAGUGUUAGAGAGAAAAGGUGUUCUGUUGCAGUGUGGGAGCAGAGAAAGUGAUUCUGAAGAUGGAAUGAAAGAGACUGGAAAGAAAAACUUCCAUGAAAGUGCAUCAGAUGCAGCAUCACUCAGUUCAUCUGAUCCAAUGCAAAACCAGAACUACUUCAAGAAUGUUUCAGAGAACAAAGAAAUUAUUAAAUUAGUAUCUUUACUCAGCAGAGCCAUCAAUUCUACAAAAGGGGAAGUUCUUACAGCUUUGGAAAGUUUUAGUUGUUACCACCAAAUAUGGCAGAGGGACAAGGAGGAAACCAUUGAUAAAUUAAUGGUGGGAAACCCAUUACUCUCUGAAUUUGAAUCUGAAAUUCUGCAUUUCCAAGACCUGGACCUGAAAAUCAAUUCUGAGCCUGAAUACAUCUGCGUGGGAGCUAUUGCACUGUACACUGCUGAUCUGAAGCUAGCACUGAGAUCAGAAACCAGAGCCUGGAUGACUUUGCUGGGGUGUCAUUGCAAUAAGAAGUACAGAACACAGAUGGAAGCAAUUUUGACUUUUAUAGAGGAAACUGGCAAGAAGUUAAAUCGUAAUAUCACGGACCUGGAUGAUAUCAGAACAGUCAUGUCAGCUUUAAAAGAAAUCAGAGAACUACAGAUGUCUAUUGACUCUCAGAUUGGCCCCAUUGAGGAAUCCUAUGUUAUGUUGAACAAAUAUGGUCUACUUGUUGCCAAGGAAGAGACAGAGAAGGUGGACACGUUGCACUACACUUGGGAAAAACUGCUAAUCCGUGCAAAUGAAGUGCAGAAUGAGCUCGUUGCUUUGCAGCCAAACUUCAGAGGAGAGCUUAUUAGUGCUGUGAAGACUUUUACUGAAGACUGUGCACUGUUCUUUUCUGAUUAUGAUCAGAAUGGGCCAAUGGAGAUUGGUUUAACACCUCAGGAAGCCAGUGACAGGCUUACUAUGUUCCAGAAUCGAUGUGAUAAUCUCUUUCGGAAAUAUAUUACUUGUACAGGUGGAGAAGAUCUUUUUGGUUUGCCAGUUACUCAGUGCCCUCAACUGCUUGAAAUAAAGAAGCAACUGAAUCUGCUGCAGAAACUCUAUAAUCUAUAUAACAGUGUCAUUGACACAAUCAGUGGCUACUAUGAUAUCCUUUGGUCAGAAUUAGACAUUGAAAAAAUUAACAGUGAACUUGUGGAAUUUCAGAACAGGUGCCGUAAGCUCCCUCGUGCUGUAAAGGAAUGGCAGCCUUUUCUUGACCUAAAGAAGAUCAUAGAGGACUUCAGUGAAUGUUGCCCAUUGCUUGAGCACAUGUCAAGUAAGGCAAUGAUGCCUCGGCACUGGAAGCAGAUUACGGAUCUUACUGAACACAGAUUUGACGUGGAGAGUGAAACAUUCAAACUGAGGAAUAUAAUGGAAGUUCCGCUAUUAAGAUACAAAGACGAGAUAGAGGUUAUCUGCAUAAGUGCUGUGAAGGAGAGAGACAUUGAGCAGAAGUUAAAACAAGUGAUAGCUGAAUGGGAUAACAAGAUGUUUAUCUUCGCAAACUUUAAAACUCGUGGGGAACUUCUUUUAAGAGGUGACAGCACGUCAGAAACAAUUGCUACCCUGGAGGACAGCUUGAUGAUUCUUGGUUCUCUUAUGAGUAACAGAUACAAUACACCAUUCAAAACACAGAUUCAGAAAUGGGUGCACUAUCUUUCCAACACAACGGAUAUAAUUGAGAACUGGCUGACUGUGCAGAAUUUGUGGAUUUAUUUAGAAGCUGUUUUUAUUGGUGGAGAUAUUGCAAGGCAGCUCCCAAAGGAAGCAAAGCGUUUCUCUAACAUUGAUAAAUCCUGGGUAAGGAUCAUGACCCGGGCUCAUGAAACACCCAAUGUUGUUCAGUGCUGUGUUGGAGAUGAAAUCAUGGGACAGUUAUUGCCACGUUUACUGGAACAGCUUGAAAUCUGUCAGAAAUCACUCACAGGGUACCUGGAGAAAAAGCGCCUACUAUUUCCACGAUUCUUCUUUGUGUCAGAUCCUGCUCUCUUAGAAAUUCUUGGCCAGGCAUCCAACUCUCACAAUAUACAGUCACAUCUGCUGAACGUGUUUGACAACAUUAAAACUGUCAGGUUCCAUGAAAAGAUAUAUGAUCGUAUAUUGUCAAUUAGCUCACGAGAGGGUGAGACUGUAGAGCUGACUAGACCUGUAAUGGCUGAAGGCAAUGUGGAAGUUUGGCUCAGCUCUCUGUUGAAGGAAUCCCAGCUAUCACUGCAUCAAAUUAUUCGCCAGGCAGCUAUGGAUAUCCAGGAAACAAGUUUCCAGAUUACUGAAUUUCUUUCUACUUAUCCAGCCCAGGUCGGGUUAUUGGGGAUCCAAAUGAUUUGGACAAGAGACUCAGAAGAAGCUUUGACUCUUGCCAAGCAGGAUAAAAAGGUUAUGCGCAAGACAAACCAGUUUUUCCUGGAUCUUCUGAACAUGCUGAUAGAUAUAACAACGAAAGACCUCAGUCCAGUUGAGCGAGUUAAAUACGAGACAUUAAUCACUAUCCAUGUACAUCAGAGGGACAUUUUUGAUGGCCUUUGCUGUAUGCAUAUCAAGAGCCCUACGGACUUUGAGUGGCUGAAGCAAUGUAGAUUUUAUUUUAAGGAGGACUCUGAUAAAAUGGUGAUUAAGAUCACUGAUGUGAGCUUCACAUACCAGAACGAAUUCUUGGGCUGCACUGACAGGCUUGUCAUAACACCUCUUACAGACAGAUGUUACAUCACUUUGGCUCAAGCUUUGGGCAUGAACAUGGGUGGAGCACCUGUGGGACCUGCAGGAACUGGGAAAACUGAAACUGUGAAAGAUAUGGGACGGUGCCUUGGAAAAUACGUAGUGGUCUUCAACUGUUCAGACCAGAUGGAUUUCCGAGGACUUGGGAGGAUCUUCAAAGGUCUUGCUCAAUCUGGCUCCUGGGGUUGCUUUGAUGAAUUCAAUCGUAUUGAUUUACCAGUGCUAUCAGUAGCUGCACAGCAAAUAGCAAUUGUGCUGACAUGUAAGAAGAAACGUAAAAAAAGGUUUAUUUUUACUGAUGGAGACAAUGUAGAAAUGAACCCAGAAUUUGGCAUCUUUCUUACUAUGAAUCCAGGGUAUGCUGGACGGCAAGAACUUCCUGAAAACUUGAAGAUCAAUUUUCGUUCAGUGGCUAUGAUGGUUCCUGAUCGUCAAAUCAUAAUUCGUGUUAAAUUGGCUAGUUGUGGUUUCAUUGCUAAUGUUGUGUUGGCAAGGAAAUUCUUUACACUGUACAAGCUGUGUGAAGAACAACUGUCAAAACAGGUGCAUUACGAUUUUGGCUUGCGGAAUAUAUUGUCUGUGCUGCGUACUCUGGGAGCAGCAAAAAGAGCAAAUCCCACAGAUACUGAAUCUACCAUUGUCAUGCGUGUGCUGAGAGAUAUGAACCUGUCUAAACUGAUUGAUGAAGAUGAACCCUUAUUUCUGAGUUUAAUUGAAGAUCUGUUUCCAGAUAUCCAUCUUGAUAAAGUAGACUAUCCUGAACUUGAAGCAGCCAUUGACAAACAGGUGGAGGAAUCUGGCCUUGUUUGUCAUCCUCCUUGGAAACUGAAGAUUAUCCAGCUUUUUGAAACCCAGAGAGUAAGGCAUGGAUUGAUGACUCUAGGACCUAGUGGUGCAGGAAAAACUACUUGUAUCCACACCUUAAUGAAAGCAAUGACAGAUUGUGGACAGCCCCAUCGUGAAAUGAGAAUGAAUCCUAAAGCUAUAACUGCUCCACAAAUGUUUGGACACCUUGAUGUAGCAACAAAUGACUGGACAGAUGGAAUAUUUUCAACGCUCUGGAGAAAGACUUUAAGAGCAAAGAAAGGUGACCACAUCUGGAUAGUUCUUGAUGGUCCAGUUGAUGCUAUUUGGAUUGAGAACCUUAAUUCUGUCCUGGAUGACAACAGAACUCUAACACUGGCAAACGGUGAUCGGAUACCUAUGGCACCAAAUUGCAAAAUAGUCUUUGAGCCUCAUAAUAUUGAUAAUGCUUCUCCAGCAACAGUUUCAAGAAAUGGCAUGGUGUUCAUGAGCUCAUCAGUUCUCACCUGGAGUCCUAUCCUUGAGGGAUUUUUGAAAAAAUGUUCCUUCCAAGAGGCUGAAAUUCUACGUCAGCUGUAUUCUUCAUCAUUCCCAGACUUGUACCGCUUCAGCAUUCAGUCUCUGCACCGCAAGACUGAGAUGUUGGAGGCCUUUGUGAUUAUGCAGAGCAUUAAUAUGCUGCAGGGUCUUAUCCCACCUAAGGAGCAAGGUGGGGAACUGACUCCAAAAUACUUGGAAAGGCUGUACAUCUUUGCUCUCGUGUGGAGUGUAGGAGCAUUGCUAGAGCUGGACGACAGAUGCAAAAUGGAAUACUGGCUUCGACACCAUGCAACAGUAAAGCUUGAUCUUCCCUGUAUCCCAGAAGGCAGUGAAGAUACAAUAUUUGAUUAUUAUGUGGCAUCUGAUGGUACAUGGAUGCACUGGAACACACAGGUUGAAGAGUAUGUAUAUCCCAGUAGUGGUACACCAGAGUACAGCUCAAUUCUUGUGCCUAAUGUUGACAAUGUGAGAAUGGAUUUCCUUAUUAAAACCAUAGCAAAACAGGGCAAGGCUGUCCUACUAAUUGGUGAGCAAGGAACUGCAAAGACUGUUAUAAUCAAAGGUUUUAUGUCAAAAUAUAACCCUGAAAGGCACAUGACUAAGAGUUUGAAUUUUUCAUCUGCAACAACCCCAUUAAUUUUUCAGCGUACAAUAGAAAGUUAUGUGGAUAAGCGCAUGGGCACAACCUAUGGCCCACCUGCAGGCAGAAAGAUGACAGUCUUCAUUGAUGAUGUGAACAUGCCCAUAGUCAAUGAAUGGGGAGAUCAGGUCACUAAUGAGAUAGUUAGGCAACUGAUGGAACAGAAAGGACUGUAUAACCUGGAAAAACCUGGUGAAUUUACCAACAUCGUGGACAUUCAGUUUUUGGCUGCCAUGAUCCACCCUGGGGGAGGUCGCAAUGAUAUUCCACAGAGGCUGAAGAGACAAUUCUCGGUGUUCAACUGUACUUUGCCUUCCAAUGCCUCCAUUGACAAAAUUUUUGGUGUAAUUGGAGAAGGGCACUACUGUAGUGAGCGGGGAUUUUCAGAUGAUGUGAAGAAAACAGUAGCCAAAUUGGUUCCAUUGACUCGCAGACUGUGGCAGGUUACCAAGCUAAAAAUGUUACCCACACCAGCCAAGUUUCAUUAUGUCUUCAACCUUCGAGACCUCUCCAGGAUUUGGCAAGGAAUGCUGAACUCUACCUCGGAAGUGAUCAAUGAACCACAGGUGCUGAUAAAACUUUGGAAGCACGAAUGCAAGUGUGUUAUUGCUGAUCGUUUCACAACCUCAGAAGAUGUUAAUUGGUUUCACACAGCUGUGGCAAAACUCAUUGAGGAGGAAUUUGAAGAUCUAAAAGCUUUGCUGAAUCAUGAAAUAGAUGCAUUCUUUGUUGACUUCUUAAGGGAUGUACCUGCAAGAACAGAUGAAAGACCAGAGGACAUUAAUUUAGAUAGUCCCAAAAUCUAUGAACCAAUCUCCUCAUUUCAUCAGUUACGGCAUCGUUUAAAUAAGUUUUUGCAUACAUACAAUGAGAAUGUUCGUGGUACUGGAAUGGACAUGGUUUUCUUUGAGGAUGCUAUGGUUCAUUUAGUCAAGAUUUCUCGUGUGAUUCGCACUCCUCGUGGAAAUGCUCUCUUAGUUGGAGUUGGUGGCUCAGGAAAGCAGAGCUUGACAAGACUGGCAUCCUUCAUAGCUGGCUAUGACACAUUCCAGAUAAUGUUGACAAGAUCAUACAACACUACAAACUUGAUGGAAGAUCUGAAACUCUUAUACAGAACAGCAGGACUGCAAGGCAAAGGCACCUGUUUUCUUUUUACAGACAAUGAGAUCAAAGAUGAAUCUUUCUUGGAAUACUUGAACAAUGUUUUGUCAUCAGGAGAGGUGUCAAACUUAUUUGCACGUGAUGAAGUAGAUGAGAUCAUUAGUGACCUCGUUCCCUCCUUCAAAAAGGAACAUCCACGAAGACCUCCAACCAGUGAAGCUCUGUAUGACUAUUUCAUGACCAGGGUCCAUCAGAACCUUCACGUAGUUCUUUGCUUUUCACCAGUAGGUGAAAAAUUCCGAAAUAGGGCCCUGAAGUUCCCUGCCCUCAUUUCUGGGUGCACUAUAGAUUGGUUCAGCCAAUGGCCCAAGGAUGCUCUGGUGGCAGUAUCUGAACACUUCCUGUCCUCAUUUGAUAUGGACUGUACUGCUGAUACGAAAAGGGCAAUUGUGCAGUGCAUGGGCUCAUUCCAGGAUGGAGUGGCAGAAAAGUGUUCUGAUUACUUUCAAAGAUACAGACGUUAUACACAUGUGACUCCCAAAUCCUACCUGACCUUUAUCCAGGGAUAUAAAACCACAUACAAAGAAAAGCAUGCUGAAGUGCAAACAUUAUCAAAAAGAAUAAAUACUGGUCUGGAAAAAUUGAAAGAGGCCUCUGAGUCAGUGGCUGCUCUAAGCAGAGAACUGGAGGUAAAAGAAAAAGAACUUCAAAUUGCCAGUGAAAAAGCUGACAUGGUAUUGAAAGAAGUUACUGUAAAAGCACAGGCUGCUGAGAAUGUGAAGGGUGAUGUUCAGAAAGUGAAAGACAAAGCCCAAGCUAUUGUAGACAGUAUCACAGUUGACAAAGCCAUUGCUGAAGAGAAGUUGGAAGCUGCCAAGCCUGCUUUGGAAGAGGCAGAAGCAGCCUUACAGACAAUAAAACCUGCAGACAUUGCCACCGUCCGCACGCUGGGCCGGCCCCCUCACCUCAUCAUGCGCAUCAUGGACUGCGUGUUGCUGCUCUUCCAGCGCAAACUCAGCCACGUGAAAAUUGACCCGGAAAAAUGCUGUACCGUCCCAUCGUGGCAAGAGUCUCUGAAGCUGAUGACAACAGGGAACUUCCUACAGAGCCUACAGCAAUUUCAGAAAGACACAAUUAAUGAAGAAGUGGUAGAACUUUUGAGCCCUUAUUUUGAGAUGGUGGAUUACAACAUUGAGACAGCUAGGAGAGUAUGUGGGAAUGUUGCUGGCCUUUGCUCAUGGACCAAAGCUAUGGCGGUUUUUUUUUCCAUCAACAAAGAAGUAUUACCUUUAAAGGCUAAUUUAGCAGUUCAGGAGAAACGCCUAACCAGUGCUAUGCUGGAUCUGCAGAGAGCUGAAGAAGAACUGGGAGCCAAGCAAGAAGAAUUAGAUAUUGUGCAGGCAGAGUACGAAAAUGCAAUAAGAGAAAAACAGACUUUGCUGGAAGAUGCUGAGUGUUGCCGACAUAAAAUGCAAACUGCCUCAAAUCUUAUAAGUGGUUUAGCAGGUGAAAAAGAGAGGUGGACAGAACAGAGUAAAGAAUUUGCCAUGCAAACCAAGAGAUUAGUUGGUGAUGUACUCUUGGCUACAGCUUUUCUAUCCUAUUCUGGCCCUUUUAACCAAGAGUUCCGCAGUCUGCUGUUAAAUGACUGGCAAAAGGAAAUGAAAAGCCGAAAAAUUCCUUUCCGUAACAACUUGAACCUCAUAGAAAUGUUGGCUGAUGCUCCAACUAUCAGUGAAUGGAACCUGCAAGGAUUGCCAAAUGAUGACUUAUCCAUACAGAAUGCAAUUAUUGUCACUAAAGCAUCUCGUUAUCCUUUAUUAAUUGAUCCACAAGCACAGGGUAAAAUUUGGAUUAAAAAUAAGGAAGGCAAAAAUGACCUUCAGAUCACUUCUUUGAAUCACAAGUAUUUUAGAAACCACUUAGAAGACAGCCUUUCUUUGGGAAGACCUCUUUUAGUAGAAGAUGUUGGAGAAGAGCUUGACCCAGCACUUGAUAAUGUUUUGGAAAGAAACAUCAUUAAAACAGGUUCAGCCAACAAGGUGAAAGUUGGUGAUAAGGAAGUAGAUGUUAUGAAUGGCUUCAGACUUUACAUUACUACAAAACUGUCAAAUCCAUGUUACUCUCCUGAAAUUAGUGCUCAAACCUCCAUCAUUGACUUUACUGUGACCAUGAAAGGUCUUGAAAACCAACUCCUAGGCAGAGUCAUUCUCACAGAGAAACAGGAAUUAGAGAAAGAAAGAACUGAUCUUAUUGAAGAUGUGACUAUGAACAAAAGGAGGAUUAAAGACCUAGAAGAUAACCUUUUAUUUAGACUUACAAGCACUAAGAGUUCUCUGGCAGAUGAUGAGACUCUACUAAUUGUAUUGAGUAACACUAAGAGGACUGCUGAAGAAGUAACACAGAAACUGCAAAAUUCUGCUGAAACUGAAGUACAGAUCAAUUCAGCCCGUGAAGAGUACAGACCUGUUGCAACUCGAGGUAGCAUCUUGUACUUCCUUAUCACUGAGAUGAGCAUGGUCAAUGUCAUGUAUCAGACAUCACUUCGGCAGUUUUUGGGGCUUUUUGACCGCUCCCUAGCCAGGUCUACCAAGAGCCCUAUAACCAGCAAGAGGGUUACCAAUAUUGUUGAACAUAUGACAUAUGAAGUAUUCAAAUAUACUGCCCGUGGUCUCUAUGAGGAACACAAAUUUCUUUUCACAUUACUGCUUACUUUGAAGAUUGAUAUACAAAGAAACAGAGUGAAGCAUGAAGAAUUUCUGACACUCAUUAAAGGUGGUGCUUCCCUAGACCUUAAAACCUGUCCUCCUAAGCCAGCUAAAUGGAUUUUAGAUAUGACUUGGUUGAACUUGGUGGAGCUCAGUAAGCUUAAACAGUUUUCAGAUAUUCUUGAUCAAAUUUCCAGAGAAGAAAAACAGUGGAAAAUGUGGUUUGAUAGCAAGAAUCCUGAAGAAGAAUUAGUUCCUAGUGGCUAUGGUCAAUCUCUGGACUGCUUUGGGCAUCUUCUUCUUAUCAGAUCUUGGUGUCCUGACAGGACCAUAGCUCAGGCAAGAAAAUAUAUCACUGACACUAUGGGGGAGAGAUACGCAGAGGGAGUCGUCUUGGACUUGGAGAAAACAUGGGAAGAGUCAGAUCCACGUACUCCCCUCAUAUGCUUUCUUUCCAUGGGCUCUGAUCCUACGGACUCAAUUAUUGCUUUGGGAAAAAGACUGAAGACAGAAACGUGCUGUGUUUCCAUGGGCCAGGGGCAAGGAAUCCAUGCUCGUAAACUUCUACAGCAGACAAUGGCUCAUGGAGGUUGGGCACUUCUGCAAAACUGUCACCUUGGACUUGACUUUCUGGAUGAGUUAAUGGACACUGUAAUAGAGACAGAGACUGUACAUGAAAGCUUUCGACUGUGGAUGACAACAGACAUUCACAAACAGUUUCCCAUCACCCUGCUUCAAAUGUCGAUUAAGUUUACCAAUGAACCACCACAAGGGCUCAGAGCUGGACUAAAGAGAACAUACAGUGGUGUCAGCCAGGAUUUAUUAGAUGCCAGUAAAACGGUGCAAUGGAAACCACUGUUGUAUGCUGUAGCCUUUCUGCACUCCACUGUUCAAGAAAGACGCAAGUUUGGGUCUCUGGGUUGGAAUAUACCCUAUGAGUUUAAUCAAGCUGAUUUCAAUGCUACUGUGCAGUUUGUUCAAAACCACUUGAAUUGCAUGGAUACCAAGAAGGGGAUCUCCUGGAGUACUGUUUGUUACAUGAUAGGCGAGAUCCAGUAUGGUGGUCGUGUGACAGACGACUUUGACAAAAGACUCAUGAACACUUUUGUAAAGGUUUGGUUCAGUGAAAAUACAUUCAGUCAGGAAUUCAGCUUCUACAAAGGAUACAGCAUACCCAAAUGUACUGUGGUGGAUCAAUACCUUCAGUACAUACAGAGCCUUCCUGCUUAUGACACACCAGAGGUGUUUGGUUUGCACCCCAAUGCGGAUAUCACCUACCAAAGUAAAGUUUCCAAAGAUGUAUUGGACACCAUCCUCAGUAUUCAGCCUAAAGACAGCUCUGGUGGAGGAGGUGAAACUCGAGAGGCAGUUGUAGCCAGACUGGCUGAUGAUAUGCUGGAAAAACUUCCUGCUGAUUACGUACCAUUUGAAGUAAAAGAAAAACUAAAGAACAUGGGACCUUUUGAACCUAUGCAUAUAUUUUUGCGACAGGAGAUUCAACAAAUGCAGGGAGUUAUUUCUUUAGUGAGAAGCACUCUGACUGAUCUAAAACUUGCCAUUGAUGGGACAAUAGUUAUGAGUGAAAAUCUGAGGGAUGCUUUAGACUGCAUGUAUGAUGGAAGGAUUCCUGCUAGCUGGAAAAAGGCAUCUUGGCCUUCCAGUACACUUGGUUUCUGGUUUACUGAACUUCUAGAAAGAAACCACCAGUUUUACAAGUGGAUCUUUGAAAGUCGGCCAAACUGUUUCUGGAUGACAGGGUUUUUUAAUCCUCAAGGAUUUUUAACUGCAGUGAGACAGGAAAUAACAAGAGCUAACAAAGGGUGGGCUCUUGACAGUGUAGUGCUGUGCAAUGAAGUCACUAAAUGGAUGAAGGAUGAUAUCACAAGCCCUCCUUCAGAAGGUGUCUAUGUGUAUGGGCUGUAUUUGGAAGGAGCAGGUUGGGACAGAAGAAACAUGAGACUGACAGAAUCUAAGCCCAAGGUGCUCUUCGAGCCGAUGCCGGUUAUAAGGAUAUAUGCAGAGAAUAACACUGCAAAAGAUCCACGUCUGUAUUCGUGUCCUGUCUAUAAAAAGAGCAGUCGAACAGAUCUGAAUUACAUUGCUGCUAUGGAUCUUAGAACCCGUCAGCCUCCAGAGCAUUGGGUACUCCGUGGAGUAGCACUUCUGUGUGAUGUCAAGUAAUGUUUAAGGAAAAAAAAGGUUUCCAGGAGUUAUUUUCUGAUUUUAAAUGUAAACAUUAAUAAGUAGUUAGAUACACAGUGGAACACUUCUAAAAAUAUUAUUUCUAAAUCAUAGACUACAUUAUGGUAUUUUUAUAAAAUUGUUCUCAAUAAACCUCUAAAAAAGGCUUAAAAUGCUACAUCUUAUAUUGACAUUAACUUUGGUGUCUUUGAAAAAUCAUGACAAAUAUUUAGUGCUUCUAUCACUUAUGUGUGCAUAAGCAUGCCUCCUGCGUGCUUAAUUAUACCAUGAAUAAAGAUUAAUUGACUCGAAUAUUGUUACUUUUUGAUAGUAAAUAUUCUUGUAUCUGGAUUUACCUUCAAGAGGCUAAAUGCAAAGCUGUUUUUUUGUGUGUGUGUAUGUAUCUGUGGAAAACUAAGCCCUGUUGCUCAUUCAUAUUAGUUACAAUUCUUCAAGAUUAUGCUCCAAGAUUUAUUUCCUGGCUGAUAAUUUGCUUGCUGUCUGAAUAAACAAGGUAAGGCUGGAAAAAUAUCACAGGUUUUCACUACUUGGAGAACAAAUUCAUUGUGUUACUUAGGAAAACAAGAAUUUGACAGCUGCUGAAAUUCCUUACUAUCUGGCUCAGGACAUAUAUAUGUAAUGGAUCAGAAGCAAAUAGCUCCAUAGGAAUGAAUGGAUACUUUUUUGUGUGCUACUAUACCAGAUUUGAGUCUCUCUUCAUCAGUGUUGUUAGUGGAAGGGGUUAUUUCCUCCUCCUCCUCCUCCUCCUCCUCCUCCUGCUGCUGCUGCUGCUGCUGCUGCUGCUGCUGCUGCUGCUGUCCCUUUCUGACUUGGCUUCUCCUCCCUCUCCUUCUUUUCUUUCUCCUAUACUCUCCUCCUUGCCUCUCGCCUCUCUUCUUUAACGUUCUCAUUUUUUUGCUUAUCUGCUGCAGCUCCUUUGGUGACUCAGAUGGAAUCUUUCAUGGAAGAAUUAAUCUUAACAGAGAAAUAUUAGCAGCUUCAUGUAGUUGGAUACUAUGGGCCUCACACAUCAAGCACACUUAUUUAAUCAUCAAAAAGCCAGUGUAUUUUUGUUGCUGAGUUCAAUAGGUCAUGUGUCUUAGUGGUAUACUAAUCAUUUUCAAAACCGGUUUCUUCAGAAGAGGAAGCAGAGAGAAUCAGUAUUCCUGGUUCAUUUGCCAUUCUUAAAUGCUGCAAUGGAGAAUCUGUUUUCAAUUUUAUGUCAAAUUCAUGCAGGGAGACUUCAACAUUCAUUUCCACAGUCAAACCAGUAAUAAAACUUAGGUAGAACAUUGAUUCUGUCAAACAAAUUCUGUUUGUAGAGGUUUUCCAUCUUGGAAUAACUUUUUUUUUUUCUGUUAAAUAACUCACAGUAAUACAAAUGAAAUAUGUGAAUAUCUUUUAUAGGAAAUACUUUUAAUUUAAACAUGGCAAUAAAUAAAUAAAUAAAGUUAGAAGGGUUGAAGUAUUCUUUAUUGAACCUUGAAGCACCAUGUUCCAGCUUCCAGGAGAUCUCUGGACACUCACUGGAGUUCUAAGUUGCUGUGGACUCAUGUCUUUCACCAAGACCUUCCUCUCUGAAGAGGAUGCACAUAUUUCAUCCUUGUGCAAGUUGCUCAUACUGAGAAUUUACAAGCCACGUGGGCUUCAAAUACCACAUUUCAAACUGGGCAUUUUUUCUACCAUCAUUGCUGUAGAUAAAGUGGAUACAUCAAACUUAAUAGUAAUUCUCAGUGAGGGGACUGUGCACAUUUUUUUCAGAAUGUGAUUUUCUGUGGGAAUAGUAGGGAAACGGGUAGUUCCCCACACUGUUGAUCCUAGUUAUUCCAAAGGCUGUUAGGUCAGUGAAACAAUUGAUUUUAGCCAUCACUGUUAUGUUUUUGUAAAAGGUUUGGCAUCAGCUCUUUAGGUGUCUGCAAAACCACCAUCUGGGAUGGAAAAAUGAGGCAGGGGAAAGUUCAAUGAGCACUUGAAAUGUAGCAUUAUGUCAGGGGCCAGAGUGCAUAACCCUGCUCUCCCAGAGGUUUUGCUGCCUGGUCUGGGAGAAGACUUGGUGCAGCUCAAAUUGGACCUGCCUCAUUUACUAUAGCCUUGCCUUGAUCUGUGCAGCACUGUCUGGUUAACCUCAUCUCUUCAGGCCCUACCUUGCUGACCCAUCUUUCUGGCUUGACCUCAGAUCUGCCCUGUUAUUACAGCCUCAUCUGGCAGUCAUUGAUAUGUUAGUUGGCCCUGGUUGCUCUCUUUUUUGUUCAGGUGCCAUGGGACUGUGUCCUUGUUAGAGAGAGCUUUGCCCUGCCCACCCUUCUGUGGCUCUUGGCUUCCAGCUACACUGUCCUUUCCAAGCAGUCUGCCUUUACUGCUCCUUGACAUAAGCCGUAAAACAUGGGGGGAAUAUUAGCUGUUUCUUGUUCAUCUUCAUAGCAGGAAUGGGUAAUGAAAUCCUUCAAUGGAAAGGAAUAUUAAUAAAAUAACCAAACUUCAUGUAUUGUAGAAUUGGAUGUCUGGAACUCUUUGGCUCUGCUAUUGGUACUGAAUGGAUUAGUCAAGAAAUACCAUCCACAGACUUCAAUUAUGCUGCUAUUAAGCAUGCAGCACUAUAAAUUUGGGGGUCUGGAGGAGUUCAGGAUUACGGAAGGUAUUCUCUAAAUAAAUUUCUCAUAUUGGCCAUGAUAAAUAUAUGUAUUUUAGAGAAUAUUUAAAAACAAAAUUAUACAAUUUUAUGUUGGAAAUUAAUAGUAAAAAAUGUCCUGAACAAGGUGCAGAUAUUAGAAUUUCAUCACAGUGCUUUGAAAUCACUCGUAAAUUUUAGAGUAUUUAAAAUAAGCAACCUAAUCUUCCAAAUAUAAACUGUGCUAUGUAGGGUAUACUACUACUAUAUGAACUUCUCUUCAGAAAAGCUUUUUUUCUUUGAACUCUGUGCCUACACUCAUACCUCUUAGCUCCUAGGUCACAUUUCUCACAGUUAUGAUUUGUUGCACUUUCAAGAUUAUAAGGAAAAAGAAAAAUUCAAGUUUCAAACAUGAUAGGCAGUGCAAUUCCAACCUAGCAGUAAGUGUGGUUGUCAUCACUGAAAAAGAUUUUUUUCAUCAGAAGUACAUUGUUGUGGUAUAUGUACAAAAAUUGGAUUAAUAAGAAACUGCUUCUUUUUCUGAAAUAUCAUUCUUAAAUAUUUUUCAUAAUUAAAUCAAUAUUGAAGAAAAUUCAGUUUUUCUUUAUUAUAUGGGCUUCUUUUUUCAUUCCUUGCUUGGACAGUUAUCCUUUUUUAAUCACCCAGAGUGGGAUGUUCUAAGUGGCUUCCUAACGAAUAAAAAAUAAACCUUGACUAGUGUUCAUAUUACUACAUUUUAAUUUUUAGCUUUCAAAUUUGCAUUGCACAGACAUUCUAGGUGUAUACAAGUAUCUGAAGGCUUUUGAGCACAUAGAACACUUAAAAAAACGGUGCUGCAGAGGUGGUUGCACGUGAGACAAGUUGGUUAUCAGUUGUGUAAAUCUAAAGGUCUAUUAAACAGAUGAAAUGAAAGAGGAGUUCUUGACAUGUUUGUGGAUCUCAAGAUGUACCAUUUACUGGAGCUUCUGGCAUUUAAUUUGCACUAUGCAGUUUUUCAAAGGACUAUACUACUCUAUAGCUUUUGUUCUUAUAAUGGAAUUAAAACAUCCAAUGUAAGUGAACAUAUAUUAUGAGUGUAUAUUAAUACAAUAAUAGAAAAAUAUAACUAAAAUCUGAACUUUUAAAACUAAAAAGCAAAUAUAUCUUACCAAUCUCACUUUGUCCUUGAAGUCUACACAUAAAAUUAGAAAUUUCUUGGUAUUUACUUGCACAUUCAAUCUUUUAAACAAAUAUCCAAUACAAAGAACUAUUGAACGAACGCUGGAAAAGUUGGCAGAAGAAAGAGGGAAGAAAGGCGUGGUUAAAAUAUUUUUUAGUUAGAGCUGUUAUUUAAAGUGGAUAGUGGCCUUUAAUUUUAUAGUAGAGUUAUUAUUUGCAUUGCAAUCACUUGGAGAACUGAAGGAGUUAUUUUAGUUUUUGCUGUCAAAGGGUAUGAGGUAUCCUAUUUUUGUAAGAAAAACAACAGAUGUUUGCUGAUGUAAAAACAUGAUUUUUUUUCCAAAGGUGUUAUCUUAGCACAAGAAAAUCUACACACAGAGAAAGAAGAGUUAGGAAACUCUGAACUGUCUGUGAAAAGAGGUUAACAUGAUUGAACAGAAGGCUGAGUAACUUGUCAAGACACUGUUUUUACAUGAGUUGCCUGCAAAUAAUGAAGUUUUCAGUUUCCCUGUUAAACUGCCACAAGAACGGCAGCCAAUAUAUAUAGCUCAUUCUGCAAAGUGUCUCCCCCACCACCUUCCAUUUCUCGAGUAUAAAAGGUGUAAUUUUUGCAGAAAAAUGUAACCUGGAAUCUCUUGUUAACUGACCUAUUUAACUUACUAUAUUAAAUAUCACAUUAUGCUUUCCUCACUUUAA